UCUUUGUAAACGUAAUAUAACUCAGAUCGCGAAACGGCCUCUGCUGAGCUACUGAUUCAAAGAUACAGGUAAGCGAUGUAUUUGUUUUUACCUAUUUAAUUAAUCUCCACUAAGAGGUAAUAAACUAAACUAAAUAACAGUUUAUAUUCCCUUGUCUACACACGGUCGGGGUUAAUCAGGAAUACAAUAACUUUUGUCAGAGCUUACGUCGAACCUAUCAACGAGAUUUGAUAAUCAGUGAUUAAAAAUCUAGCAACCACUGGAUAGACGCGCUAUCCGUAAUAAUUAGAAAGGUGAUAAGGAUUUUGAGAGAUUGAAGGAUUUCUUUUACUUGUCAACCAAAAGUAGAACCUUUCAAAAAUCGUAAAUGACUGAUUUUUGGUUUGUUUUUGUUUUGUUUCGUUUUUCCCCUGAUAUUGUGUGAGCAUAAUGUUUUUGCUUGGUGAUUGAAUAGGAUUUUUUUCUCCUUUUCCUAGUUUUUCCCAACCCCUCUCCCAACCCCGCCUCUUAGUAGUGGACACUACAAAGUUAUUUUUGAGAGGAUAGGGGUUGGGAAGAGGGUAGGGGGGUCGGGUUUCUGAUACAGGAGCCCGCAUCAUCCCUCGCUGUAAUAUAAUCGAGUAUUGGAUCGCAGUCUUUUAUUUACUAGUGUCUCACUCAGGUAAAGCUGCGGAAACAUGGUUAGUUUUGCCAACAGAAAUGGUAUAAUUCUGAUAGCCAUUUCAAUCGCUGUCGCCUUGGCGAUCGUGAUAGGGAUAUCUCACACGCAAAAAUCAACAGCAUCAUCCAUGAAUAAACGCCGAGCGGCAGGUGUUCCUAUUUCUCUUCCUACGAGACAGACAGAGAAUCAAUGGUUCAAAGAUGGCGUGAAACUCAUCAGAGACAAUCUUAAUAGGCAACCGCUGACUCAUACAGCAAAGAACACGAUCUUGUUCCUUGGCGACGGUAUGGGUAUAACUACUACCACUGCUGCACGUAUCCUGGCAGGUCAAAUGUUAAACCAGUCGGGAGAAGAAUAUGUCCUUAGUUGGGAAAAGUUUCCGUGGUCUGCCCUGUCCAAAACAUACAAUGUAGAUCAACAAGUUCCAGACUCCGCUGGAACAGGAACUGCCUUUUUGAAUGGUGUGAAGACUAAUGCUGGCGUAAUCGGUGUUGACGAGGCUGUAAAGCGAGGAUUCUGUCAAAGUUUAAAUGAAAGCAACAAAGUCCUGUCCAUACUAACAUUGGCAGAAAUGGCGGGAAUGUCAACUGGUAUCGUGACAACAACGCGUGUCACGCACGCAACACCAGCUUGUCUGUACGCACAUUCACCGGAGAGGGGGUGGGAGAGUGACCGCGACCUGAGGCGCAAAGCAAAGGAUGACGCAUCCAACUGCACAGACAUAGCUUUACAACUCAUUGAGUACCCGUUUGGAGAUGGAAUUGAAGUUAUUUUCGCUGGAGGUCGGAGGGAGCUUAUACCCAAUAACGAGACCGACCCUGAAUACCCGGAUUUGAAGGGAGAGAGGCUAGACGGCCGAAACCUAAUUCAAGAGUGGGUGGAUAAAUUUCCAAAUUCUCAAUACGUUUGGAACAAAACUGGCUUUGACCAGAUUGACGUCAACAAGGUUGAUCACGUUCUAGGUCUGUUUGAGUACAGCCAUAUGCAAUACGAAGUCUUCAGGAAGGAGAAUGAAACAGAGCCAUCCAUUGAAGAGAUGACUGAGAAAGCCAUAAAUAUCUUGCAGAAAAAUCCAAAAGGAUAUUUUCUCCUGGUAGAAGGUGGCCGCAUUGACCACGGACACCAUGGUACAAAGGCGGUGCGUGCCCUGAAUGAUGCUGUUGCUAUGGCAAAGGCUUGUGAGAAGGCGACAGAAAUGACCAAUCGAGAAGAUACUCUCGUGGUAGUGACUGCUGACCAUUCUCACGUGUUUUCCAUGGGUGGUUACGCUAAACGUGGCAAUUCAAUCUUUGACCUGGUAGUAAAAGUUGGCGAGACUACGCCGGACGUAGCAAAGGACAAACUUCCUUACACAGUCUUGGGUUAUGCAAAUGGACCCGGAGGAGAACGGGUAAAUGGUACACGACAAGACCUCACAGGGGUGGACACGGGAGACAGUGACUUCGAGCAGCAAGCCACGGUUUGGUUAAGCUCGGAAACUCAUGGGGGAGAUGACGUAGGAAUAUAUGCAGACGGUCCGGGAGCCUACUUAUUCAGUGGUGUUGUGGAACAGCCGUAUAUAUUUCACGUGAUGGACCAUGCCAUGUGUUUAAGUGAUAGCAAGCGGGAUACGUGUGAUAGGCACCCAGCGAGAGAGUAACGAAACUAUAGAGCAAAUUAAAACUGACUGUUUUAAAUGAACCUCAGUUAAAUCAAAACGGCUCAUCAUAACACAGAAAAAUAUUACAAGGAGCUGACGAAAACUGAAACUGGCUGACACGGGGUCAAAAGAAAGUGACCCGAUCCUGUCGGAUGUCUUAGGUUCCCGAUCUGAUUGGUGGAGAGGGCAACACAAGUUUUCUUGUCCAAUCAGAAAGAAAAGUAAAGAAAAACCAAUACAAUUCCAUUUUGAUUUUUACAUUCACUUGAAAAUCUCUGUCAGACGAAUGCUUCAAUGCGAGACUUUACUGAAAUAAAUCGCGUUCAAUGUACAGUCAGUUGUCGGUUUGUUUUAUGUUGACUCCCCUAUAAAAUAAAUGGACGGACUCUGAUGUCUAUCCCAGUCAACUGAUUACAGGUCCUUGCUGGAACCAUGGUUAGACGAGAGCAUAAUGGUAAAAAUUAAGGACUUUUCAAAACUUGCAAGUCAAUUUUUGGGAUGAAAUGCCAUGGGAAUUGUAAGCAUAGUUCCAUCUACUCAAAUAUUUUCAGUAAAUAAGACAAACGAGACAAGAAUCUUUUCCCCUUUGCUAAACUUUAUUCAUGAUGUGGUAUUCUGGCCCAUAAAAGCAAAGCGUAUAUGUGUUUGCAAUUAUUGUAAGAACAUAAACCAAAUGUAAACCUCGAGUAACCAUAGAAGACUUCUUUUAUAACCUUUCAAUAGUCUCAUAUGUAAACUAAACAAAAUGAAAUGUUGGUUACUAAA